UGGGCCAACAGUUGAACUUUGUCUUUAACCCUAACACAACCACACCACAACACACAACAAUGAAUAGCAGUCUGCUCCUAAUCCUGCUCCUGGGCACACUCGUCUGUCUCGCCAGCGCUCUGGGCGGCGAUGAACAAGGCAACGAUUACACUUGGGGCACCAAGGCCACAACGGACACACUCAUCGCUCAGGAGACAAUCACCAAACGCAAGUCGCUGCUGUCGACGACUACAAAGACAUACACGCUCACCCAGGCGGGCACGGCCAAGACUAUCGAUUACAUUCGCAUCACCGACCUGAAGCGCAAGCGUGGCGCCACCGCUGAGAUCACAUCCGGCGGCGUGGGCGCCACCACAGUGACUGUAAAAUUCACUUCCGCUCUGGGAGCUGGUAUUAAGUCUCAGAUCGAGAUCUGGGGAGCAUAAUAAACUUAUAUUUAUAUUAUA